UUAGAUUAAAAUGGCCGAGAGUUCCGCCAACUGGCAAAAGUACGAAACGAAAUCUUCGAAAAAGAAGUCGGCGAAAUCGGUCAAUGUAAAUGGACAGGGUGAUUCGAAAGCAACUGCCAAGCAGAAUGGAAGCGUCAACUUCAACAACAACAUAGAUAGAAACUCGUCAAUUCCAUUGAGCAAUACGAUGUUUGAUGAUUUUAUAGAAGGUGGAGAUGGAGCAAAGAAAAGUGGCACCAAAAACGGCAAGGUCGGAGGUCGAGGCAGACAAGGGACUUCGUACAUUUCCGGAGAAGACUUAGUCAAAAAUGGUUCUGUCAAAUCUAAAUUUGGAGAGACGAUAAGUUUCUUUACAACAACCGCCUCUGAGACAGCUUCAAAGUGGGCUGGGACAAAGAAACCAGUCCCGAAGAAGUCAACUCCAGAGGUAAAAUCGCUAUCUUAUUCGAUUAACUUCUCAGCGCUGAAAGCGGAACCGAUCAAAGCCGAAAUCGAAAGUUUGGCAGAUGUAGAUCAAGUCAAGCGUUGUCUUUCUCUCGCAGUUUUCCUAAAUAUCCAGAGACCCCAUCAAGACAUAGCAGGGUGGGAAACAAAAUCUUUCGAGUCUAGUGAACCCCUGGCUAACUUACCUAAAAAUGUUGAAAAAGUGCUUCAGCAUUUCAUCCAAUCACUGCCUGACUCAGCAGUCGGCACGAGUUUUGAACUGGUUCUGGCAGAACUGGUUUCCAAGUCCCACACUCAGGCAACGACAUGGGGCUAUAAAGUAAUGUUACAGCUCCUCGGCAGAAUUUUCCCAGAAACAGCAGUACUGCAACAUCACAAGAGUUUAUCACGCCUGUUUGCCAACACAAUCGCCACCAAGAUCAACGUCGUCAUCUGGGCAUUAUCCCAGCCAAUCAUGACAGAUCCCGUAAUCGGUUUGAGGAUCUGGAGCAAAAUCUUGCUCCCCCACAUAUCAAACAAAAGUCUGGCUCCCGCGGUAUGCGUGUUGCUAGAUCGCCUAAUGUCAAUUGAUGAGCUGGUCCUGGGCAACCAGACACUGGCUCACGUAGACUACUUCCACUUACUGGACUAUACUUUUCCACAAUCAGGAAUGCAUAACUUGAUUGAUCAGAAAACACAUAAGACAUUGAUGACGUAUUAUCCGAAGUUGAAGAUGAUGGCUUCCAUCAAUUCGCGUGCAGUCGAGUUCUUCUCAUCAUUUCUUAUGAGGUACAAUGAGAACCAGUGUCCGGAGAUGUUGGACGAGCUAGUACACUGUCUGGCCCUCUGUCUCCGAUCGAACUCCAAGUGCUACGAGAUGUGGUUCCAGAUGCUGCCCAACUACUCAGAACAGACGAGACACUUCCUCGUGGAUCUCAUGGCCAGGUGGGAGGAGGUGCCGGAAGUACCGAGAAAGGAGCUGAACAAGUUCAUCGACAGGGUACAGAAAUACUUGGACAAGAACCCUACUGAUGACGGAUUGGCGGAUACUCUAAAACAGUUCAAAGAGCAACUUUAUGGCAAACCACGCAAAAGAGUAACUUUCGGAUCCAAGUCGAAAGAAGCUUCGGGUAAAUCAUCUGGACGAGGACUCUUCUUCAAACUGUUCUGGCUCCUCGUUCUAAUCACACUUUGUGCCUUCGUAGAAUAUAAAAUAAGAGGCCGUGACUCGGUUGCAAAAAAUGCUUUUGAAGCCAGUGCAAAUAACAUGCGCCAACUACACGACUGGAUGAUCAAAAGUUACCCAAGUGAGGCCAAAUAUGUGAAAGAUUCGGCCAAUCGAGUCAUCGCCAAAGUGAAACCCCAGAUUUUCAAUGCGUAUAACGUCGCUUACAAUUACAUAGCUAAGGGUCUCGACUGGCUGUACAAAGAUGGACCCCUGAGGAUGUUCAGAUACGCGGAGAGAGAUAUCUUGCCGGCUGUCAAUAAGUUCUACAAGCGAAACAUGGAAAAACGAGUGGCCACUUUGUCAAGGAAUAUAGGAGAGGCUCUUGAUUCAGUCAUGAGUUACAUCAAUCUGGAAUUGCUUAGACCCUAUUUGAAAUGAAGCUACCAAGCGAGCCUUUCCUCAUUAUAACACCUGGGGAAAAUGAUAGCUUUGGACAUAAUGUCUUCAUAAUCAGAAAUAAAAGAUGGAUGCUCAGUAGAUUCGAAUUAGAAGAACCAAGCAUACUUUUUGUAAAAUGUACAGGUGUUGUGCUACAUUUUAAUAUGGUGGCAGUUAAUAUUUUGAUUAAUAGUAUUCUUGGAUCAAGUGAAAUUACCAAUUUAAUAUUGAAGAGGCUGACAAUCUGAAUUGUCCAGCUCAAAUGACUUAUUGUAUUUUCGGUGUGCAUUGAAAGUGACCUAGCAAAUUCUUAUUUUCUUUCCGCAAAUGAAUUAAUGCUUUGUAACUGGUUGGGUCGUUUUCUGAACGUAUGUUUUCUGCGUCUCUUGAUGUUAUUACUUCGAUAUUUUUUCUUCUCAGGGCGGGGAUUGAAAAUCCCUUGCUAAACUACGCCAUCGGUUAUAAAUUAUAGCUUCAACUAUGUAUUUCAAAUAUAUAUUUUGUCUCAUUGUGGAAUUAUAUUGACAUUGAGUGCGCAUUAAUUUAAAUUUUGAGAAGAAAGCUUAUUUUCAACCAUCAAACGUAAUUUCGGGAAAGACUCGUUGCUGUU